AUGCCCCGAGUACCCGAUGUCACGGACUUGCCCGUCGAACUUCUGGACCAUAUCUUCGCAUUUCUCCCCGACCAGAGUCUGACUGGGACCUCGCAUGACAUAGGGUGGCUCGUUGCCACUCACGUUUGCCGCUCAUGGCGCGCAAUCACUCUAUCGAGGAGCAGAAGGAACGUCCGAAUACACCUGCGGCCUGAUCGCGCUCAGCGAUACAUACAGGCCCGUAUCCACGAGCUGUUCUUGCCAUUAUCCAUCGCUCUCGUCGUCCACUACUACCGGUUCGACUCGACGCGUGCUCGCGAGCAAAGAUAUCAGUGGAAGAAUACAAUGGAACUCCUCAGCCUCGUCUCGGCACGCAUCCACACGCUGAAUAUCUUUCUCGGGGAUCAAGCCAUGCCGCUGCACGACGAGAAGAUCGAGAAACUCUUCGCGCUCGUGCUGAGAGAGCCCUCUUUGGUGGUCAUGACUGUCACCUCCUCUCAUUAUCUGGGGAGCAUGACAGCCGGGUGUGAGGUGAGGAUUCCACCGGUCCCGGCGGAGCUGCAAGGUGGAGGCCUUCGUGUACUCAAGCUAGAGGGAUGUCGAUUGCCAGAGCAAACGGAGUUCUUUUCGACGCAACCAUUGCUCGAGGAACUCAGCACUACAGUCCAGGGACCCUUAAGGCUAUUCCUCUCCGAUUUGCGCACGACAUCUCUGACCAUGUUACACUUGACUUGGAUGCCGCCGAACGACUCUUUACAGAGGAACGACCCGAAAAACCCAAAAGGGAUGCCCGCUCUGCUUGAGCUAUCCCUGCAGUCCACGGUGAAGGGUACUCUCACAUUCAUGCACACCGUUCACCUCCCGGCGCUUGUAUCCCUCAAGAUCGUGUUCGUCCCCCAGGUUGUCUUCGGUGAAGAUACCGGCGCCAAGCCGGCCACGGCCCCGCUCGUAGACUGGCUUUCGUCUCGUUUUGGAGACAUCCCGGGCUGUGCUGAGAUUGGCAUAUCGGCCACUUCACACCUGUUAUGCGUGAAUAUGUCGUGGAGCGCACGGGACGACCGGCCGACGUACCGAAAGCUCGAAAUCCGCUUUCCUCGUCUCCCCUCGCGGAACGAGGCGCCCUCGACGCAUAGAGUGGAGGACUGCGAGACGUUUCUCCACAAACUAUCCGAAAAGUUCGCGCCUGGCGAAACGAUGCGCGUAUCAGUAACCGUGGAUCCGUAUAUGCUGCUUGAUCGCAGACGCACCACGUAUCCGGCACCCUUGAAGGGAACCGUGAUGAAGUACAUGAACAAGUUGCACAGGGCGACAAGCCUGCAACUCGGUCCGUACGCUGCCCUCAUGGUUCUACCACUUGGAGGUGGAUCUUUUUCGCUCUUGUCCGAACUUCGGAUUCGCACUUGGGACCCUGAAGGCACGGCCUAUUUGUUGGAGGGCGAGGAAGCUGCCGCCUUACAAUCUAGGCGAAUGCGCGCGUUUCGCCCCGAAGGCACCGAUUAUCGGUUGUACGAGGAUCAGCUGGCCUCCUUGCGCGCUUUGGCGCGCGGAGAAGCCGAGUCACGACGUGGACGGUGUCGAGUGGAAGUGGACGGUAUCGACCUCACGAUACCCUCGGCUCCUAACCUUGCCGCUGGUACGGCCGAGGGGUCAGGAGUUGAUCGCGUGGAUUGA